AAAAAAACUUUGAUAGACCCCUCUCACUGUAAACCAACCUCUUCCAAAUAUCUCUUUUUUUUUAUUGUCUGCUUUCUAUUAAAGCGUAAUGAGGUUCUCACAGACAUUGCAGUUAAACGCAGUGCCAGAUUGGAUUGACAAUUACGUUAACUAUGAAUCUUUAAAAAAACUUAUCUUUCAGUUAGAAAAAGAACGUGUCGACUAUCUUAACGCUCAACAUUUUGGUGAUCCUGAAAAGGCUGUUGAUCUUCAAACUGAGGGUGAAGCAAAGUUUUUAUCAGCUCUCGACGCUCAACUUGAUAAAGUCGUUGAAUUUUAUACAGAAAAAGAAAGUGAACUCUACAGCACACUUGAUGAAUUAGAGACUGAAGUCCAAGGCAGUGGCUAUUACAACGGCAACAUUGAUUAUUCUGACGGCAAAAAUCAUUUAUCACCUCUUGAAAACCUGGACUCCACAUUUGAGCAUCCUAACUCAAUUGCACCCAUCGACAAGAAUGAUUAUCCCAAAUUUGACUCGCAUAGACGUCGAGGCUCUAGAGCCUCCCGUAUUUCUCGUAUCGGCUCCCGACAGUCCUUUGAAUCGCGUUUAUCUAUUGAUCAAGAUGAGGAAGGCUUAUUAGUUGAACGUUUGUCUGAUUUAAGAUCUCAACUUAUCUUGCUCUAUAUUUCGUUAUCAGAACUCGAAUCCUAUGUUGAUCUCAACCGUACAGCAUUCGAAAAAAUCUUGAAGAAACACGACAAGGUGCUCGAAGGCAAUCUCAAAAGCCAAUAUAUCAACAAAAUGGUCAUGGAUAGUAGGCCUUUCAGUCCUGAAACACAAAAUGUUCUCAAGAGUCAACUUAAUCGUGUAGAGACUAUCUUUGCGAAUACCUUCUGUAAUGGAAACCGCACUCUCGCUCUUCGUCAAAUGAAGACUCAUCUACGCGAUCAAGUUACCUUUGAACGUAACACCGUUUGGAAGGAUAUGGUCCGUCAUGAACGCAAAACUCAAGAUACCAAGUUAGUUGAACCCAAGGUCGUCAAAUCAUACAAGAUUCCAUUUACCAACUAUCGAGUCGCAGCAAGCUCUCUGCGUCAAAUAUUCUGUAUUGCACUAUCGAUUAUUGUUCUCAUCAUCUUGCUCUGUGUCGAUUGUUUCGGUAGUCGUCAAGAAAAUUAUUGUUUUGCUCUUCUCAUUUUCUCUGCCAUCAUGUGGGCUACCGAAGCUAUUCCUCUUUACGCUACCUCUUGUCUUAUCCCCUUCAUGAUUGUACCUAUGGGUAUCAUGCGUAACCCUGACGGCUCUGUCAUGGCUGCUAAAGCAGCUGCUAAGGCUACCUUCUCUUCUAUGUUCAGUGGUACGAUUAUGAUGCUGCUGGGUGGCUUUGCGCUUGCUGCUGCACUUUCAAAGUACGGUAUUGCGAAAGCUUUCGCUUCACAUGUAUUGAGUCGUGCUGGUACGCGUCCUAUGUGGGUUUUGUUAGCUAUCAUGUUGGUCUCUGGUGUUCUCAGUAUGUUCAUCUCCAAUGUGGCUACCCCUGUGCUUUGUUUCUCGUUGAUUGAUCCUAUUCUUCGUACACUCCCCGAUAAGUCCCGCGUCGGUCCUUGCUUGAUUCUUGGUAUUGCUUUGUCCAGUUGUAUUGGUGGUAUGACAUCUCCUAUCUCCUCUCCUCAAAACAUUGUUACCCUUCAGUAUAUGGAUCCUAAUCCAGGAUGGGGUCUUUGGUUCGCUGUUGCUUUACCUGUGGCUAUUAUAACUGUCUUUGUCUGUUGGGGUCUCUUAUUAGCUGUCUACAAACCUGCUAGAGACACUCCUCAUUUGAACAAGAUCAAACCUACCAAAGGAAAGAUCACUCUCUCCCAAAUUUUCAUCGUUUUGGUCUGUAUUGCCACUAUCAUUCUCUGGUGCGUUGAAAGUAAUCUGGAAUAUGCUCUGGGUGAUACCGGCGUCAUUGCCGCCAUCCCUCUCUUUGUUUUCUUCGGUACUGGUAUUUUGGGUAAGGAAGAUCUCAACAACUUUUUGUGGUCCGUUGUUGUCCUUGCACAGGGCGGUAUGGCUCUUGGUAACGCUGUCACUUCCUCCGGCUUAUUGCAAGAUAUUGCCAUUCGUCUCAAGGACGGUAUUUCCCAUUUGCCGCUUAUUGCCAUUUUGGCCAUCUUUUGUUUCCUUAUUUUGGUUUUCGCCACCUUCGUUUCGCAUACCGUUGCCGCUUUGAUUAUUGUUCCGAUUGUCAAAGAAGUCGGUGAAAACUUGCCCAUUCCCCAUCCCAACUUGUUGGUAAUGGGUGCUGGUUUGGCAUGUUCUGCUGGUAUGGGUCUCCCUGUGUCUGGUUUCCCUAACAUGUCAGCUAUUAUGCUGGAAGAUCCAGCUGGUAAACCUUAUCUUUCUGGUAAAGAUUUCAUCAUUACCGGUAUUCCUACUAGUGUCUUCAAUACUAUCUUGAUCUUUACUCUUGGUUACGGUAUUAUGGCAGCCAUUGGUUAUUAACGACAAAUAUCCCCUGUACUUGAAAUUUUUCUUUUCUCUCUUCACAUUUUUAUAUUACACGCUUUUAUCUAUGUAUAUACAAAACACACUCACCCUAUCAUUCACCUUCGUCAUCUGCGCCAUAUUCCAUCCAUCUUUAGCUUACUUUUUGCAAUUUUAUUCAUGCUUAUAAGCAACCUGUCCCAUACCUAUUGUAAUUUCAUUUGUAUAAUCGUUUUUAUUUGCUUCAAAUAAAUUAAUUUGUUUUUUGUUUUUAUUUUCAUUACUAUCUAAACCUCAU